UUGACAAAGAACUCGAGUGCGGUGAUUGGACAAAAGCAUUCUCGCGUGAUUAGGCUUGUAUCCGGAAGAAUGACAAAUGGUUCUCGAUACAAGCCUUCUAGAUCCUAAAGAGCAAAAUGGCAUCCUACUUCGACGAGCACGACUGUGAGCCCACCAACCCCGAAGAACAGUACCGCCAGAACGCUCUGCUUGAACUGGCCAGGUCUCUGAUGCAGGGUUUGGAUUUGAUGGACUCAGGGGAUUCAUCAGACUGGAAUCAGCGUCUCCCCCCUCCUGCUGCAAGAGUAGCUGUGCAGACCCUCAAUGUGGUUGUCAUUUCUCCUGAACAAGCAGACAAAGGCCUGAAGUGUCCUGUUUGUUUACUGGAGUUUGAAGAGCAGGAGACGGUUCGAGAAAUGCCUUGCAAACAUCUUUUCCAUUCGGGAUGUAUCCUGCCGUGGCUGGGCAAGACUAACUCCUGCCCGCUGUGUCGACUUGAACUACCCACCGAUAAUCCAGAUUAUGAGGAGUUCAAGAAAGACAAGGAGAGAAGAAGACAGAGGGAGCACAGAUUGGAGGACCUCCAUGGAGCAAUGUACACAUGACAGUGACCUUUGACCAUUUCUAAAUAUUCAGGACGUUCUCAACUAUCAGAGUGAAAGUACACACAUUAUAGCCUUCAGUUUGCUGUAGUGACUCAGUAUUGUUUAUACAAUUUCCACAAAAAGAUAUAAUUUAUUAUAUAAAUGAUGUGACAUCUUUAUUUGUUCCACGUCCUAUUCUCAUUCGUUCCAUACUUUUUAUAUGACAUUUGAAAAUGUAAACCAAUCAUUUUAUACUAGUGAGGCUAGACAUUGUAUCACUGUUUUUUAAAUGUUGCUCAACAAAAAGCCCUAUCUUGACAUGGAUUGGAAUGGGGGUUUUUUUCUGUUCCUAAUGCCCCCUGUGGUGUGAUUUGUUUGGUCGCAUAACUGUUUUUAAAAUCUCAUGAAGGAUUAUUCCAAGGUUUAUGUACUGUACGAUCUCAACCAGGGGCUUCAAACGCACAGCCCAGGGGCCGUUUGUGGCCUGCUGGAUGGUAUUUUGUGCCCCCCCCACCCCCCCGACAUCAAAGUCGAAUGUUAGUGAGGUCACCACUUUUUUGCAGUUUUUCCCUUCCUUUUGGGCUAUCAAUAAUUCUGAAGUGACAUUGUCUACGGCACGGGUGCCCAUUACGUCGAUCGUGAUCGACCGGUAGAUCGCGGACUGGUCCCAAGUCGAUCGCGAGGGGUGUAGAGGAGAAAAAAUUUGCCAAGGGCACGGGCAAGGAAUAGGAAUCUAGAGGGCCAUGGGAAGCACUUUAAAACAGUACUUGUGAGCUACAACAGUUAAGAGGCUGAAAAGUGUGGCGCAUGCUUCCACGUCGGGCUGUUGCUCAUCAUGGCAUGCGUGUCUAUGUGCGUGCGCGGAAAUGGGUCGAUCGCGGGAGGUUGGUUGAUCGAUAGGUCGAUUUUCGGUCCAAAACGUUUGGGCACCCCUGGUCUAAGGAAAGCAUAUUCUGUCACCCAGUCCAUCGUGUUUUUUUUUUUUAGAUCUGCCAUGACGAGAAAAGCUGGCAACAAAGACGUACAAAAACGGGAGACAGAAUGUUGGGGGUCGAGGGGUUGUUCGCUUUUUCUUUUGAGCAGGAGCACCCCGACUUGAAUUGAAUGCAUUCUCUCUGAAACGCCCCCCCCCCCAAUAAAUUAGAGAAUCCCGAAUUUAAAAAAAAAAACUGCAACAUUUGUAUGAAAGUGUUUUAAAGCGAAACGAAGGACUUUGAUCUACUGUUUUGUUUCGUUUUUUUUAACUGAAACUUUCAAAUAAAUCCAUUUGUUGUACGAUUCAGUAAAUGACUUAACUUCCAUGUGAUACUCAAAUGCUGAUCCAGCAAUUCUACAAUGCAUCAUCAGCUGUGCUAGGACAUCUCCAAUAAUCUUGAAAAUAACACAGUCAUCAUUUAAAAUUUUAUUUCAUAUUUGAAUAUAAAUCUCUUUCAAAUUAAAAGACCUAAAUGAUAGACAUAGCAUACAUAUUUACACAAUUUUUAAAAAGUGUGCAUUUGGGAGGGGGGGGGGGUAUCUCAUUUGACACGAGUCAAAAUGAAGUGAUCACUUCAUUUUGUGUACGUGAUAGUUCACAGCAGUCAUUUAUUUUGUAUGUUGAUGUCCUCACUCGGGUUACAGCUGAGCUGGAGCCCAUGCCAUGCCCC